AUCACACAAGUGACGUACGUCAGGAGGUGGGCCGCAGGGAAGCAUAAGUAGUUCAUGUUUGAUGGACUACUGCACCUAAACAGAAACAUGUAUUCUGUGUUGAUGACAAAGUGGAUAUUAAAUAUCUGAAAGGUUGACGUCGAGCAUAAACAAUGGCUGCCCCCGCAGGAGGACCUGCUGAACCGUGGGUCAUAUUGCCUCAUGAACGAGCACGGUACGAAGAACAAUUCCGUGCCUUACAACCAGUAAAUGGCAUUGUCACAGGUGAACAGGCAAAGGGGUUUCUCCUCCAAUCUCGACUACCACCAGCAAUUUUGGGUCAAAUAUGGUCUUUAGCAGAUACUGACUCAGAUGGGAAAAUGAAUAUAACAGAGUUCAGUAUUGCCUGUAAACUUAUAAACCUAAAAUUACGAGGCUUUGAACUGCCAAAAGUACUUCCACCUACAAUGCUACAACAGAAUAUGCCACCAGCGGCCUUGGUGAGCAGUUCCCUUCUGCAGAGUGCUCCAUCCAUUCGUCCAGCAGCUCAGCCGCCCCUUGUGGGACUGGGCAGUGCUCAUGCCGCAGGGCUUUCCACUGUCGGAAUGACUCCUCCCAUCAUGGCUACUGCACAAGCCCCACUACAUACAUCUGUAAUGCCUCCAAGCAGCAUCCCCAGCAUGGUACCACCAAUGAGAGCACCUCUGGCACCUGGAGCACCUGUUCCUCUCGUACAAACCGCCAGCCUACCCCUAGCAGCAGGCACUAGCUUACCACUUGCACCGGGUACCAGCUUACCACUUGCAUCAGGCACUGGCUUACCACUUGCACCAGGCACCAGCGUACCACUCGCACCAGGGACCGGCUUACCCCUCGCACCAGGCACCAAUAUGCCCAUCGCAUCUAGCACGAAUGUUCCGCUUGCAUCAGGUUUGACAAGUAUCAGCAGUACACCUUCACUGGUGAUGCCAGCAACUGUCCAGACUUCUGUUCCGAUGGGUGUACCUCUUACGCAGCCUCUCACUAAUGGGUCCAUAUUAACUGGCCAAGGACCAUUGCCAUCAAGGCCUCCACCAGUUGGUACCUCAGUGCCGCCUGUAGCUCCUCUGGAAAAAGUGGCUUCUAUGGAUUCACCUUUGUCAGCAGGCUCUCCCUUGCAAGAAUGGGCUGUACCUCAUCAGUCCAAACUGAAGUAUACACAGUUGUUCAACACGACUGACCGAGCACGGUCAGGCUAUUUAUCAGGGCCACAAGCGCGAAAUAUCAUGGUGCAGACACAGUUACCACAGCCUAUUUUGGCCCAGAUCUGGGCACUAGCAGAUAUGGAUACAGAUGGAAGACUUUCUUGUGAAGAGUUUGUUCUUGCUCUUCACUUGUGUGACAUGGCAAAAGCAGGGGAGAAGCUACCUGCUGUGCUUCCUCCAGAGCUUGUACCACCAACAUUCCGGAGGCAGCGACAGGGAAGCCUUACUGGAAGCAUUACGGGUUCUAUAGAUGCUUCUGAAAAUAAAGAUGCUGCUGCAAGUAUCUCCACUGUUACAUUUGAAGAUAAACGGAAAGAAAACUUUGAAAAAGGCCAAGCAGAAUUGGAGCGAAGACGUAAAGCAUUGUUGGAAAUUCAGCGAAAAGAACAAGAGGAACGUGAGCGGAAAGAAAAAGAAGAACAGGAAAAAAGGGAGAAAAUAAGGCAAGAACAGGAGCGGCGAAGGCAGCUUGAAUUUGAAAAGCAGUUACAAAGGCAAAGAGAAGCAGAACAGGAAAAAGAAGAGCAAAGGCGAAGAGCACAAGAACAACGUGAAGCUGCAAGAAGGGAAAUGGAGCGGCAAAGGCAGCUGGAGUGGGAGAAACAGCGGUGUCAAGAAUUACAACAGCGCAGGCAGAAAGAACAAGAAAAAGUUUUGCAAUUAAAAGCCAAGAAUCAGAAUCUCAGCAUUGAGUUAUCACAAUUGAAUGAAAAAGUGAAAGAAUUGUCUCAGAAAAUCAGUGAGACAAGGAUUGGAGUGUCUGGCGUAAAGUCAACAAUUGACGGGAUGCGUAGUACUCGUGAUUCGCAGCUUGCUGAAAUGAGUGCCUUAAAGACCCGACUGAAGGAACAGAAUCAAAGGCUUCUUACAUUGAGUCAAGAAAAGGCAAGGCUAGAAGCUCGCAACAAGUUAAAUGCAGCUGCCGAUUCUGCUAAUCAGGAACAAGUAAAAAUAGCUUUCACCAACAAACAAAUUACACUUAAGCAGUUACGUGAUAGGCUACAGGAUCUCCAGAAAGAGAUAGAGGUUAAACUGGAAGAUAUUGAGAACAAUAACAGCCAACUAGGUGACUUGAAGCAGCAGUUGUCUUCAUUAGUCCAUGAAUGUGAACAGCUCUAUUCUGUAUACGAAGAAAAGAGAAGCAAGGUAUUGGAAAUGAAAGGCAUGACUGGAAAAAUUAGGGAUCCUACAGACUUUUCAUCAUCGUGGGGUGACUCUGGCUGGGACAAUCCUCCACAGACUGAUUGGAAUGCAGCUUCUACUGAUGCUUGGCCAGAAUCAACUGCAGCUACAACUGUGCCAGCGGUAAAUGGAAACUUGCUCAAGUACCGUGCCCUUUACGAGUUCGUUGCUCGCAACAGUGAUGAACUGUCAUUCCAACCAGGAGAUAUAAUUAUGGUUGCUGCCAACCAAAAUGCUGAACCUGGAUGGUUAGCAGGAGAACUAAGGGGCCAAACUGGCUGGUUUCCUGAAUCCUAUGUGGAAUUUAUAGACAGUCCUGUAACAGUCCUGGAGGAUUCAUCUGCUUUUCCUCCUGAUGUUAUCAUAGCAGAGUCUCAAGCUAAACGACAACUUGAGGGAAUUGCAGAAGUUCCAGAAAAUGUCAGUGAUAAUGGUUCUGUUGUGGAAGUUUCUGGUGAUGUUGGUCCACAGGUGCUUGAUGAAAUGGCUAGUCCUGUACUUGGACAGGGUGAUAAUGUUGAAGACGUGGAGGCACAAGCCCUUUAUUCUUGGAGAGCCAGGAAGUCUAGUCAGUUGUCAUUUAAUAAGGGAGAUGUUAUCAGAGUCAAAGAACAACAAGAGCAGUGUGACGGUGAACUAGCUGGUGUACAUGGUUGGUUUCCAAAAUCUUAUGUGAAGCUAGCUCCUUCACAGUUGCAGGAAGGAGAAAAGGAAUAUUAUGUGGCCAUGUAUCCUUAUCAGUCUGUUGAACCAGGUGAUCUUAGUUUCUUACAAGGUGAAAUGAUACUUGUUACAAAGAAAGAGGGAGACUGGUGGACUGGAAUCAUAGGAGAUAGACAUGGAAUAUUUCCUUCAAAUUAUGUACAGAGAGCACCAUGGACCUGCGUUGUACUGAAAGAGUCUGAAGCAACAUGCAGUUGCAUUGAUCGCAGUGGAAGCAGAAUUGGGGGAAAAAAAAUCAAGCCAGUCUUAACAGAGCCACUGAAUCAGAAUAUUCAUAAACAUCAUUGUAAGAGAAUGUUAAUUCGAAAUUCUACAAUGAAGACUCAAGAAGCCUUUUUAUUGUUGAAAAGAAGUUUAGUUUUCACUGCUUUAAUGGCAUAUGCAGUUUUUUCUACCACCCAGCUGGCCCGUAUUUUGCAACUUGGCCCAUACGGGCUGUGGGCUGCCCUGCCGUGCUGUCAAGCUGAGGACAGUGAGCUGACGGGUCAGCUUGCCAGCCUGUUGACUUACCACUCCGCUCCCACCAUGCGUUCUAAUGGGCAGUAUUGCUUCAGCCCUCUGCCUAUACUGUCAUACAUAAAAAUGUGGUGGUAUCUUUCAAGAAGUUAUAUUGGCAUGCUCGUUUUUGCUUUCAAUGAACACUUCCAAGAUGACCUGAUAAAUGCGCUUUGUACACCUAAAAACUGGUCAAAUUCUCUUUCUGAAACAAUGGCUUAUGUUUAUGUGCAGAUCUCUGAUUUGUACAAGAUUCUUUCUAAUGCUGUUACAGAAUUUGCAUCCACUAUAAGUAGCAUAAAUUUUUCUUUGGUUUUAAGGAUCCAGCUCAAACCCUGCUUGGCAAAAAUUUUCUUUCUGCAGAUGCACAUUUUGCAGGAAUUAUUAGCUAAGCUGAGUAGAUUGGGAACUUUUUUUCAUUUGCUCUCCGCCACGUCAACAACUCAGCUGGCUGCUCAUUUUCAGAAUGCUGGGCACAGUCUGCCAGAUGAAUACCAUACAUUUCAUAUCUUCUCACAGUCUCUUUCCUUCAUGAUUGCUUCUUUGAAAAUUCUUUUAGGCAAUCGUGUAAUGUUAGUUUCCGGAUUAGCCUCUUAUUUCAGUAUGCGGGAUACCAAUGUUGUUAGAAAUUCAGAAGCUGGGAUUUUCUUCAUGUCCUCCGUGCAAUAUAAAACUAAAUUUGCAAAUGCAAUCAUGGGAUUGAAAGGACCCUGUGCGCUUCAGGAGUUGUCCUUUUUCUAUAUGUUACGUUACCAAGAAUUAGGUUUGUGGAUGAGUGAAAGUGGCAAAACGAGUGGCAUGUAUGGGAAACAAGUUGUAGUUGGAGUGAGUAUGUUGACCAUGGUGAAGAGAGACUUCCCACUUACAUGGAAGAAAGCAAUCUCUCUUUGUGUAGAGCACUGCCCAGUGUCACUUAAUGUCUCUUCCCUUUACAAGAUUCAGAAGACUUUUACAAAUUACAUAUUCUUUUGCCGCUUACUGCCCCUGUCUCUUGAAAUAAUCACAGUGCAUAAAAAGAAUACUUAUGUCCUUUCUUGAAAAGGAGGACCUGCUGAACCGUGGGUCAUAUUGCCUCAUGAACGAGCACGGUACGAAGAACAAUUCCGUGCCUUACAACCAGUAAAUGGCAUUGUCACAGGUGAACAGGCAAAGGGGUUUCUCCUCCAAUCUCGACUACCACCAGCAAUUUUGGGUCAAAUAUGGUCUUUAGCAGAUACUGACUCAGAUGGGAAAAUGAAUAUAACAGAGUUCAGUAUUGCCUGUAAACUUAUAAACCUAAAAUUACGAGGCUUUGAACUGCCAAAAGUACUUCCACCUACAAUGCUACAACAGAAUAUGCCACCAGCGGCCUUGGUGAGCAGUUCCCUUCUGCAGAGUGCUCCAUCCAUUCGUCCAGCAGCUCAGCCGCCCCUUGUGGGACUGGGCAGUGCUCAUGCCGCAGGGCUUUCCACUGUCGGAAUGACUCCUCCCAUCAUGGCUACUGCACAAGCCCCACUACAUACAUCUGUAAUGCCUCCAAGCAGCAUCCCCAGCAUGGUACCACCAAUGAGAGCACCUCUGGCACCUGGAGCACCUGUUCCUCUCGUACAAACCGCCAGCCUACCCCUAGCAGCAGGCACUAGCUUACCACUUGCACCGGGUACCAGCUUACCACUUGCAUCAGGCACUGGCUUACCACUUGCACCAGGCACCAGCGUACCACUCGCACCAGGGACCGGCUUACCCCUCGCACCAGGCACCAAUAUGCCCAUCGCAUCUAGCACGAAUGUUCCGCUUGCAUCAGGUUUGACAAGUAUCAGCAGUACACCUUCACUGGUGAUGCCAGCAACUGUCCAGACUUCUGUUCCGAUGGGUGUACCUCUUACGCAGCCUCUCACUAAUGGGUCCAUAUUAACUGGCCAAGGACCAUUGCCAUCAAGGCCUCCACCAGUUGGUACCUCAGUGCCGCCUGUAGCUCCUCUGGAAAAAGUGGCUUCUAUGGAUUCACCUUUGUCAGCAGGCUCUCCCUUGCAAGAAUGGGCUGUACCUCAUCAGUCCAAACUGAAGUAUACACAGUUGUUCAACACGACUGACCGAGCACGGUCAGGCUAUUUAUCAGGGCCACAAGCGCGAAAUAUCAUGGUGCAGACACAGUUACCACAGCCUAUUUUGGCCCAGAUCUGGGCACUAGCAGAUAUGGAUACAGAUGGAAGACUUUCUUGUGAAGAGUUUGUUCUUGCUCUUCACUUGUGUGACAUGGCAAAAGCAGGGGAGAAGCUACCUGCUGUGCUUCCUCCAGAGCUUGUACCACCAACAUUCCGGAGGCAGCGACAGGGAAGCCUUACUGGAAGCAUUACGGGUUCUAUAGAUGCUUCUGAAAAUAAAGAUGCUGCUGCAAGUAUCUCCACUGUUACAUUUGAAGAUAAACGGAAAGAAAACUUUGAAAAAGGCCAAGCAGAAUUGGAGCGAAGACGUAAAGCAUUGUUGGAAAUUCAGCGAAAAGAACAAGAGGAACGUGAGCGGAAAGAAAAAGAAGAACAGGAAAAAAGGGAGAAAAUAAGGCAAGAACAGGAGCGGCGAAGGCAGCUUGAAUUUGAAAAGCAGUUACAAAGGCAAAGAGAAGCAGAACAGGAAAAAGAAGAGCAAAGGCGAAGAGCACAAGAACAACGUGAAGCUGCAAGAAGGGAAAUGGAGCGGCAAAGGCAGCUGGAGUGGGAGAAACAGCGGUGUCAAGAAUUACAACAGCGCAGGCAGAAAGAACAAGAAAAAGUUUUGCAAUUAAAAGCCAAGAAUCAGAAUCUCAGCAUUGAGUUAUCACAAUUGAAUGAAAAAGUGAAAGAAUUGUCUCAGAAAAUCAGUGAGACAAGGAUUGGAGUGUCUGGCGUAAAGUCAACAAUUGACGGGAUGCGUAGUACUCGUGAUUCGCAGCUUGCUGAAAUGAGUGCCUUAAAGACCCGACUGAAGGAACAGAAUCAAAGGCUUCUUACAUUGAGUCAAGAAAAGGCAAGGCUAGAAGCUCGCAACAAGUUAAAUGCAGCUGCCGAUUCUGCUAAUCAGGAACAAGUAAAAAUAGCUUUCACCAACAAACAAAUUACACUUAAGCAGUUACGUGAUAGGCUACAGGAUCUCCAGAAAGAGAUAGAGGUUAAACUGGAAGAUAUUGAGAACAAUAACAGCCAACUAGGUGACUUGAAGCAGCAGUUGUCUUCAUUAGUCCAUGAAUGUGAACAGCUCUAUUCUGUAUACGAAGAAAAGAGAAGCAAGGUAUUGGAAAUGAAAGGCAUGACUGGAAAAAUUAGGGAUCCUACAGACUUUUCAUCAUCGUGGGGUGACUCUGGCUGGGACAAUCCUCCACAGACUGAUUGGAAUGCAGCUUCUACUGAUGCUUGGCCAGAAUCAACUGCAGCUACAACUGUGCCAGCGGUAAAUGGAAACUUGCUCAAGUACCGUGCCCUUUACGAGUUCGUUGCUCGCAACAGUGAUGAACUGUCAUUCCAACCAGGAGAUAUAAUUAUGGUUGCUGCCAACCAAAAUGCUGAACCUGGAUGGUUAGCAGGAGAACUAAGGGGCCAAACUGGCUGGUUUCCUGAAUCCUACGUGGAAUUUAUAGACAGUCCUGUAACAGUCCUGGAGGAUUCAUCUGCUUUUCCUCCUGAUGUUAUCAUAGCAGAGUCUCAAGCUAAACGACAACUUGAGGGAAUUGCAGAAGUUCCAGAAAAUGUCAGUGAUAAUGGUUCUGUUGUGGAAGUUUCUGGUGAUGUUGGUCCACAGGUGCUUGAUGAAAUGGCUAGUCCUGUACUUGGACAGGGUGAUAAUGUUGAAGACGUGGAGGCACAAGCCCUUUAUUCUUGGAGAGCCAGGAAGUCUAGUCAGUUGUCAUUUAAUAAGGGAGAUGUUAUCAGAGUCAAAGAACAACAAGAGCAGUGGUGUUACGGUGAACUAGCUGGUGUACAUGGUUGGUUUCCAAAAUCUUAUGUGAAGCUAGCUCCUUCACAGUUGCAGGAAGGAGAAAAGGAAUAUUAUGUGGCCAUGUAUCCUUAUCAGUCUGUUGAACCAGGUGAUCUUAGUUUCUUACAAGGUGAAAUGAUACUUGUUACAAAGAAAGAGGGAGACUGGUGGACUGGAAUCAUAGGAGAUAGACAUGGAAUAUUUCCUUCAAAUUAUGUACAGAGAGCACCAUCUGGAUCUGCUGUAGUAUCAGAUGAGCCUGCUGAGCCUGUAAAGGAAAACCACAUAACAGAUGUAACAGUCUCAGAAGUAGCAGCUGCCCCAGUCUCACCCACUCCACAACAGGAAGAACAGCCUGCAAAUGAGAAAACCCUUGGGACUCCAGACUUCACUGCUAUGUCUGCUGCAGCUCAGCUUGAAGAUACUGGGGACGAUAGUGACUCUAAGAAGAAUAUUCCCGACUUCUUCCAGUCACCUAAGGGAAAAGGAAAGAAACCUGAAAUAGCAACAGUUAUUGCCCCUUAUCAGGCUACAAGUUCAGAACAACUCAGCCUGCAGAGAGGCCAGUUAAUAAUGAUUCGAAAGAAGACAACAACUGGUUGGUGGGAAGGUGAAUUGCAAGCAAAGGGCAAAAAAAGACAAAUUGGCUGGUUCCCUGCCUCGUAUGUAAAAUUACUAGGAGGUAGUAACAAAGGGACACCUGUAAAGCAGGAGGAUACAUCAUUGCAACAACAACAACAACAACAACAACCACCUGCUCAAGAGGUAUCACAGCCUGCAACAGAAAAAGUUAAAGCAUUAUAUCCGUAUUCUGCACUAAACGAUGAUGAACUAAGCUUUGAGAAAGAUGACAUUAUAACAGUUGUAGCAAAAGAGGAACCCUCUUGGUGGCGGGGUGAAUUGAAAGGAGCUACAGGCCUUUUCCCCAGUAAUUAUGUGGAACCUGUGUCUGACUACCAUCUAAAUAAGACAGAAAGGAAAAGACAAGGAUGCAUACAAGAACUGAUUGAUACUGAACAGGCAUAUAUUAAUGAUAUGUCUAUUGUCCAUGAUGUAUUUGAGAAACCACUCUUAGAGAGCAAAGUUUUAUCAAAUGAAGAAAUUUACAAAAUAUUUGUUAACUGGCGUGAAAUACUACAGUGUAACUACAUGUUCCUCCGGACUUUGAGAAUCCGAAAAGAAAUGAGUGCAGAUGGAGUUAUUAGAAUGAUUGGAGAUAUUCUUUGUGAAAAUCUCCCAAGGAUGACUGCAUACAUCCGUUUCUGUAGCUGCCAGCUCAGUGCAGCUACAUUUCUGCAGAAGAUUACAGAAGAAUCAGUGGAAUUUCGUGAACUUGUUCGCCAGUGCCAGGCUGACCCUCGCACGAAAGGAAUGCCACUUAGCAGCUUUCUUAUUAAACCAAUGCAAAGGAUAACAAAAUACCCUCUUCUCAUAAAGAAGAUUUUGGAGUACACUCCAGCAGAUCAUCCAGACCACCAGAAUUUGCAGGAAGCACUAGCCAAAGCUGAAGAGUUCUGUAGACAGGUAAAUGAAGGUGUGAGAGAAAAAGAGAACUCAGAACGAUUAGAAUGGCUUCAGAGGCAUAUCCAUUGUGAUGGCUUGGAGGAGCAGUUAAUUUUUAAUUCUCUUACAAAUUCUCUAGGACCCAGAAAAUUCCUUCAUCAUGGCAUUCUGCAUAAAGCUAAAAGUGGGAAAGAACUGGUUGCAUUCUUGAUGAAUGAUUUUCUGCUCUUAGCCCAGCCACAAAAAUCUCUUGGCAGUAAUCACUCAUUCUCAUUUGAAAGGCAUGCUGGUAUCUCAUUUAAAAUCUAUAAAAAGCCAUUGUUUCUGAAUGAGCUGUUGGUGCUGGAAGAGCAGAAUAGCAAUGAAGGUAAUGAGAACCCACGUUUAUUUAGCGUGGGAGACACCACAACUGGAAAAACACUUUCAUUUUUGGCAUCAACAUCAGCCGAACGUAACCUCUGGGCAAAGCGUCUGCAAGAGGCACGUGUCCAUGUGAUUGACACUGAGAAGAGUCAGUUCCAGCGUCAGCAGUCAAAACAAGCUCAGUUUGGUGCUUGCGGUAGAGUGCUGGUUGUAGUCGUGGAAGGGAGUGAACUAAAACCUAGUUCAUCCAGUGGUAAGUGUGAAGCAUUCUGUGAAGUCAGCAUGGGCUCACAAGAACAUCGCACACCUGUAGUAGCGUCAACAACAAAUCCUCGUUGGAAUGCUUCAAUGCAAUUCCUGGUAAAGGACCUAAAAGAGGACGUCCUUUGUAUUACAGUAUUUGAUCGUGGUCAUUUCUGUCCCAAUGAAUUCCUGGGAAGAACUGAGGUGCGAGUUGCAGACAUAUUACAGGAAACCCAGUAUUCACGUGGGCCAAUUUCAAAGAAUUUAAAACUUCAUGAAGUUGACUCAGGGAGUGUUCUACUUAAAUUAGAUUUAUUUCUUUUUAGUAGAAUUACAUAGAUUAUAUUAGUGCCCCUUUGUCCAAAGGCACUGCUUUAAAUUGUCUGUAGUACAAAUUAAACAUGUUUAAUUCUGUUAAAAAUUAAAAUAUUUUAACCGAAGAUUAUGUAUGAACAUUUCUAUUCAGUGUCUUUUCUAACAGUCAUGUACUGCCACUGUAAAUAUACAACAUGACUACAUUUAUGCACGU